AUGCCUGCUCCUAACCAUGAAAAGGGCUUGGAGAAAAAUACGCCUAUUGCAAAUAUCCCCGUUAUAGUAAUCGAAGGUUCUAAAGAUCAGGAGGCGGCCGAAAAAAGCACCCCAGAAACUGAAAGUGGUGACCUUCUAACAACACUAAAGGCUUCUACCAUUAACAAAUCUGAUCUUACUUUAGUAGAAUCAGAAGAAAUGAGUAACUUAUCUAUUGAACAAAAAAUGUCGCGGAAUGAUCAAUCUACUUUUGUCAUUAAUCCUAGCCCUUUUGCAUACUCUGCUGUUCAUCUUUGGAAAGUGAUGAGUCAAAGAGAUUUUGAUUUAUUAAAAUCUAUAGGUGGUCUCAUUGGUAUUAUUGAGGGUUUACGCACUGAUCGUACUCAUGGUUUAAACACAAAAGAAGAGUCUAAACCUUUAUCACAAAAAUCCAGAAAUGAAUUUACAAAUGUACCUCAUUAUGAAAAUGAUUUAGAUAAAUAUAUCAGUAAUAAUGAAAUUAAUUUCACGGACUUUUCAAAUCUUCCCGACAAUACUCCAUUCUCUGAUAGAAUAAAAACUUUUGGUAAAAAUAUUUUACCAGAAAGUAAAUCUAAAUCAAUUAUUGAUUUUAUGUGGUUGGCUAUUCAAGAUAAGGUUUUAAUCCUUCUGACAAUUGCUGCUGUUAUCUCAUUGGGUCUUGGUCUUUAUGAAGAUUUCAGUGAAAAUGCCUCUAUUAAAGUUCGAUGGAUUGAAGGUAUAGCAAUUAUUAUUGCAAUUUUAAUUGUAGUUUUAGUUGGAAGUUUGAAUGAUUGGCAAAAAGAAAAACAAUUUCGAAGUUUAAACGCAAAGAAGGAAGAUCGUGAAGUUAAAGUUAUUAGAAAUGGUUUACCAGUCCUUAUAUCCAUUCAUGAUGUUUUAGUUGGUGAUAUAGUUCAAAUAGAACCUGGUGAUGUUAUCCCUGCUGAUGGAAUUUUGAUUUCUGGUUAUAAUAUUCAUUGUGAUCAAUCUGAUGAAACUGGUGAAAGUGACUCUGUAAAAAAGCUUACUUAUGACAUUUGUGAAAAAAAAUUUCACUCUAAUUCUAACAGUUCUAAAAAACUUGACCCUUUCAUAAUAAGCGGAAGCAGAGUAUUGGAAGGUGUUGGUACUUAUGUUGUUACUGGUGUUGGAGUAAAUUCAUGCAGAGGAAAAACUUGGAUGUCUUUAAGUACUAAUAAUGAAGAUACACCACUUCAAGUCAAGCUGAAUGAUCUCGCUGAACAAAUCGCAAAAUUAGGAGGAGCUGCUGCUUUGCUAAUGCUUAUUGUUCUCUUGGUUAAAUAUUUUAUUUCUUUCCGUAUUAAUGGUGUACCAUCAGCAGCAAAAGCAAUAGAUAGUUUAAUAAGCAUAGUUAUCUCAGCAGUUACUGUCGUAGUCGUUGCUGUACCUGAAGGCUUACCGUUGGCUGUAACACUUGCUCUUGCUUAUGCAACAACACGUAUGUUAAAGGAUAAUAACCUUGUACGUGUUCUAUCAGCCUGUGAAACAAUGGGUAAUGCUACUACCAUUUGUUCGGAUAAAACUGGAACAUUAACGCAAAACCAAAUGACCGUCGUGGUUGCUACUAUUGGAUCAUCAGAUACAUUUGCUAGAAAUGCUGAUUUAUUUAUGAAGAAUCUUCAACAAAAUAAUAUCAAAGAAAUGAAAAAUAUAUUAUCAAUGCAAGAUUUAAAAAAAUUAUCCGAUCGUAUUUUAAACAUCUUAUAUAAAUCUAUUUCAAUAAAUACCACUGCUUUUGAAGGCGAACCAAAAAAUGGAAAAAUCAAUUUCAUAGGAUCAAAAACGGAAACUGCUUUAUUACAACUUCUCUUGGAUUUAGGUAUAAAUUAUAAACAAUUAAAAGAAGAUGCCAAAAUUAUACAAUUUUAUCCUUUCAGUUCUGAUCGAAAAGCUAUGGGUCUUGUAAUUCAAGAAGAUUCUUAUUUUAGAUUUUAUGUAAAAGGUGCUAGCGAAAUUUUACUUCAAAAAUCCCGUUUUAUAAUCGAUACUAAAACUGGUGACGAAAUUGAAUUGACUGAUACUGAAAGAGAUACUACUCAACAAAUUAUAAAAUAUUAUGCCAGUAAAAGUUUGAGAACUCUUACAAUUGCAUAUCGUGACUUGGAACAAUGGCCUCCUGAUGGUAUAACUUUAGAUCCUGAUGGUGAGAUAAAAUUUGAAGAUUUAAUGAUGAAUAUUACAUUAUUAUGUAUUAUUGGUAUCGAAGACCCUUUGAGAAAAGGCGUUAGAGAAGCUGUUGCAGAUUGUAAAGAUGCUGGUGUCAAAGUUCGUAUGGUUACUGGUGAUAAUGUUUUGACUGCAAAAUCUAUUGCAGAACAAUGUGGUAUUUAUACAGGAGGUAUAGUUAUGGAAGGUCCUGAAUUUCGUAACUUAUCAACUGAAAGAAUGAAAGAAGUUCUUCCACGACUUCAAGUUCUUGCAAGAUCUAGUCCUGAAGAUAAAAAAAUAUUGGUUGGAAAAUUAAAAGAAGAAUUAAAUGAUAUCGUCGCUGUAACUGGUGAUGGUACUAAUGAUGGUCCUGCACUAAGAACUGCUGAUGUCGGGUUUUCUAUGGGUAUUUCCGGUACAGAGACUGCUAAAGAGGCAUCAUCUAUCAUUUUAAUGGAUGAUAAUUUUUCGAGUAUAGUAAAAGCGAUAAUGUGGGGUCGUUGCGUAAAUGAUGCAGUUAAAAAAUUUUUGCAAUUCCAACUCACAGUUAAUGUUACUGCUGUCCUACUUACAUUCAUAUCUGCAGUAUCUAGUGGUGAACAGAAAUCUGUUCUCACUGCAGUACAAUUAUUAUGGGUGAAUCUUAUCAUGGAUACAUUCGCUGCCCUCGCUCUUGCUACAGAUCCACCAACUCCUGAAUUAUUGAAGCGUAAACCUGAGAACCGAGAUUCACCUUUAAUAACUCCUCAUAUGUGGAAGAUGAUUAUCGGUCAAAGUAUCUUUCAACUUGCAAUCACAUUAAUUUUAUUAUAUGCUGCUGAUGAUAUAGUAGGCCAUGGAUUGGACUCAGACCCAUAUAAUACAAAUACGGACACAAAUUCAAAUAAUCCAACUACAUUAAAUACACUUGUUUUUAAUACAUUUGUAAUGUUACAGAUUUUUAAUGAGAUCAACUGUCGAAACCUCGAUGAAAAGCUAAACAUAUUCAAAAAUAUCUUAGCAAACAGGCUUUUCGUUAUCAUAUUCCUCAUAACUAGUGUAGGUCAAGUUCUAAUAAUCCAAUUUGGAGGGCAUGCAUUUCAAACAGUACCAUUGAAUUUUGUUCAAUGGUUAGUUUGUAUUGGAUUGGGUUUUUUAUCAAUACCUGUUGGUGUAAUCAUUCGAUUAAUUCCUAUUGACAAGUUGUUUUCAUAUAAGCGAGUGACGAAACCUAUUUUACGUGAUGAUGAAUCAGCAGUAACCAGCUGGCAAAAACAAUUAAAGUUUUUCAAAGCACUUCGAGGUAGUGGACGUUUUAGAACACAUUUUGGACCGCAAUCUAAUAAAAACCAACAAGCUUUUGCGAGUGUUGCGGUGGUACCGAGUUUGAUAGUAUCUGCAGUUGGUGUACCAUCAGCUUCGGUACGAAGUAGGAGUCAAGAGAGAGAUGAAUCAAAGGUAGUACAGAGAUCAAUACCAACUUCAAUAUUAGUACCACAGGGAACUGAUGAAUCCAAUAAGGACAGUACAAGCCAAGAUGAUGAAAUAGAAGUUUCAGAAAAAUAA